GCAGUGAUAGUAGUCGCGCGCUAGGGGACGCCCCUCGCGCUCAAAGCAAUUUUGCUCGCGGGAGCGGAGAUAUUCUGCGCGGAGUGAUGUGAGAGCGAUCACCAAACUAAUAUCCAUGUGCGUUUGUUUUAUUUGCACGCGCUGGAAGGCAAUUCUACUUACGGUUUACUGAGUAUUUAUGUCGGAGAAGACGGUCUAACGUCUGUGCCAAAGAGGUGCGCUUGAGCCCGUCCGGUGUUCCCAUUGGAUGUCAUUUCAGUCACGUGAGAUAACGCGGAAGUGGACCAUUUUCACCCGAAAAUAAAACAUUCGUGGGUGGUGUUGAGUUAUUCAAUCUGGACCGACGUUACCCAGCUGUACUGGAGUUGUUUCAUAAACUGUACCGCAUAACUCGACGGUUAUACCCGGUGUUUGGAACGAUGCUGAACGCCGCCGCCGCGGAGAGGAACAAGGAACCCAUCCUCGCAGCGCUCCGGGAGAGCGUGAACACCGGGAGAUCCCUGCAGGCUCUGGAGAUCUCCUCCGGUACCGGGCAGCAUGUCACACACUUCGCUCAGGCCCUGCGGAACAUUAUCUGGCAGCCCUCAGAGUAUGACCGCCAGUCUCUUGCCAGUAUCGAAGCGUACAGAGCCCACUACCAGCUGCACAAUGUGAGGCCUGCCAUCCACCUGGAUGCUUCUCUGCCCUAUCAGUACUGGGGAGGCAUUCAGCCAGAGAGCCUCGAUCUGGUCGUCAACAUCAAUAUGAUCCACAUUUCUCCAAUGGCUUGCACUGAGGGUUUAUUCAAAGGGGCUGGAGUAGUGCUGAAGCCGCAGGGCCUUCUGUUGAUAUAUGGGCCCUAUGCAGUGAAUGGUCAGAUCACCCCUCAAAGUAAUAUUGACUUUGACUACAGCCUACGGCAGAGGAACUCCGAGUGGGGGCUCAGGGAUAUCUCCCUCCUCAGUUCUACAGCACAAAGCAACGGUUUAUUCCUGGAGAAAAUGGUGGACAUGCCUGCAAACAACAAGUGUCUUCUGUUCAGGAAGGAGAGUUUGGUGUGAAGACUCCUGCGGUUCCUUCUCUGGGUGCAGACCAGUAUUAGAGCAGGAGGGUCAAAACGCCUUAACUCACACUUGAAGCUUGGAUACAUUGCCAAAUUUUCCAGAACUUUCAAUGAAUUGUUUCCCCAUAUUCUGAAACAAAUUGACACAAAUGAAGUUGUUUGAUCCAAACUGAACUGCUGUAAUCCAUCAUAUAUUCUUCUGUAUUGGACACUUGAGUAAAAAGGCUCACUGAUA